UACACACAGAAUGGCAUGCAUAUAUGUAUCAGCUCUAGUCCUCUACGGCUUCUGUUUGACCCCUGUCAUCUUGGUCUCUCCGCCACCCUCAGUGGUGGUCCAUCCUGGGGAUAAUGUCACCCUACAGUGCACUGAUGUCCUUAAAGGACCAGGGCACUUUGCCUGGUUCAAACAAGUCAACGUCUCAGAGCCUCUGUGCAUCGUGUCUAUGUACAGCUCUCAGCCGUAUGUCACGCAUCACAAUGGUUUUCAGCCCAGCCAUAUGGAAAUGUUCAUCAACAAUAAAAUAAUCUUCCUCAAAAUCACAGAGGUGGAUGUAGCUGAUUCUGGUCUGUACUGCUGUGGAAUGUACGAUCAAUACUUCAUCUUCACCAACAUGACUUUCCUGAUGGUUCCAGGUUACAAGGAUUCUGACAAAGAGCCAGAGCAACGUUCUGAAGGAGAGGAUGAUGAACCCAUCAUGUACCCCUUUCCCCUGGUUGAGUUCCUGGGUGUUGUGACUGCUGUCCUCCUGAUAAUCAUCCUCAUCUUGGUCCUCAAGAUCAUACAAGAUGCAAAAAGACAAAACACAGGACCUGAUUCUCAAAGACAACUACAAAAUUAUCAGAUCCAAGAUCCAGAUGCAUUGAAUUAUGCUGCCCUGAAUUUCACCUCCAAGAAGAUGAAGAUGGAGAGGAGAAGAGAGAAGGAGCUGGACACCCAUGUAGUGUAUGCUGCUACAAGAUGACAACGUGGAGGAGGUUGGAAGAGGAGGAAAAUUGAUUUCCGGUCUUAAAGCAUUCAACAAGAGGACAAAGUGCAGAUAAAGAUUGAGUGUCUCAAUAGUUUUGUCAACUCUUCCUUUAUGAACAAGGUACAAGGUACUGGUAACUAACAAAGGUUUGAAAUUAGGCCAACAAGAAUAUACAGUUGAAGUCGGAAGUUUACAUACACCUUAGCCAAAUACAUUUAAACUCAGUUUUUCACAAUUCCUGACAUUUAAUCCUAGUAAAAAUUCCUUGCUCGCACAUGCUUUUUCAGU